GAACAGCAAUCAUGACUGUGGGAAAGAGCAGCAAGAUGCUGCAGCACAUUGACUAUAGGAUGAGAUGUAUCUUGCAAGAUGGCCGGAUCUUCAUUGGCACCUUUAAGGCCUUUGACAAGCAUAUGAACUUGAUCCUCUGUGAUUGUGAUGAGUUCAGGAAGAUCAAGCCAAAGAAUGCUAAGCAGCCAGAGCGUGAAGAAAAGCGGGUUUUGGGUCUGGUGUUGCUGCGUGGGGAGAACUUGGUUUCCAUGACUGUGGAGGGACCACCCCCCAAAGAUACUGGCAUUGCUCGGGUACCACUUGCUGGAGCUGCAGGAGGCCCUGGGGUUGGUAGGGCAGCUGGCAGAGGUGUUCCAGCUGGUGUUCCAAUUCCCCAGGCUCCUGCUGGAUUAGCAGGUCCUGUCCGAGGGGUUGGGGGGCCAUCCCUACAGGUAAUGACCCCACAGGGAAGAGGCACUGUCGCAGCUGCUGCAGUUGCUGCUACUGCGAGCAUUGCUGGAGCCCCAACUCAGUAUCCACCAGGGCGUGGGACUGCACCUACACCUGUUGGUCGAGCAACUCCACCUCCAGGAAUUAUGGCUCCUCCACCUGGUAUGAGACCACCCAUGGGCCCACCAAUUGGGCUUCCUCCUACUCGAGGGAUGCCAAUAGGCAUGCCCCCUCCAGGAAUGAGACCCCCUCCACCAGGAAUAAGAGGUCCACCUCCCCCAGGAAUGCGUCCACCAAGACCCUAGGAUACUAUUGAUCCUUCUUAGUCACUUUUUUUUCCUGCAAUGUGUCUUGUGAAAUGUGUGGAGUGUUUGUGAGCUUUUGUCUCCUCUGCGGCAUUAAUAUUAGCUAAUAAAUGCAUAAAUUGAA